AUGCGGCUGAACAGCGCCACGAUAUUCACACUCAACAUCUUGGCUUUGAUCCCACUGGGACCAUGGAUCAGCCGAUCUGUCGAUGCGCUAUCCGUGGGUGGACGACGGGCCACGAGCGAACUACUCAAAUCAACACUCGGCACCUCGGUCGAAUUAAUGAUCGUAAUCAAUGCAAUUACACAGAAACGCCCACAUAUCUCCCAGUCCGUCAUCCUCGGCAGUGUUCUCAGCGAUUUACUACUGGUCCUCGGCAGCACACUCUUCAUAUCAGGCUACGACAAAAAGCGCCUCCGCUUCGACCGAACCCUAACAACAAUCCUCUCCCCCUAA